AUGGCUGGCGCUGCACUUGCCAUGCUUUGGAUCCCAUUGAUGAUGCUCAGAUGCCUUAAAAUGUUUUACAUUGAUGGUCUCAUAAAUGUGGUGGACAUUAGGAGCUUUACUGAUGAUUUCAGCACCCAGGCUAAAGCUCAAACUACUGUGGCAAGUGUCAUCAUGGCAGUCAAUGCCAGCAUCCUUGCUGUCCCAGUUUUUACUGUAUUAUCGGGGAAAGAUGGCCAGACUUGCAAUCAUUGCAAGUAUACCAAGUUUUCUGUAUCUGACGAUGUAACGAUGGUUGCAGUGCUGGGCUCGGAACCAGGCAAUCCAACACCUACAUCCCAUACCAUUCCCCGACCUCCCUUGACCUUCUGA